AUGGCCAAUCUAGGUACCAGCUCAAGCAGCUCAUCCCAAACCAAUAUCGUUGAUAAGGGCUAUGAUGAGGAAGAAAAGGAUGAGCAUAAGUUGGAUCAGAAUAUCAAGAGAAAUGCUAAGGCACUUGUCAUUAUACAGCAAAGCUUAGAUGAGAAAGUCCUCAUCAUAAUUUCUCAGACGAGAAAUGCUAAAAAGGCUUGGGAUAUAUUAAAGAAAGAGUAUCAAGGGUGUAUAAAGAGUUCAGUUGCGAAAUUGUACUCAUAUCGGCAGGAGUUUGAGAUCAUGAGGAUGAAGAAUGGAGAUCUUUCGCCGAAGUUCAAACAUGUGGUCUCAUCCAUCAUAAAAGCCAAGGAUCUCUCUACCCUCACAGUGGAUGAACUAAGUGGUUCUUUGAAGGGCCAUGAAAGCAGACUUGACAUGGAAACAGAUCAAGUUGAAGUGAAGGCUUUUCAUGCUAAGGGAGAAGGCUCUACAUCAAAUCCUAAUGUCAUUACAGGUAGAGGAAGGGGACGUGGAGGUUGCAGAGGAAGAGGUCGUGUGACUGAACAGAAGGAAGGUCAAGGAGAAGGCAGGAAAAGUAAAGCUCACAUUCAGUGUUAUAAUUACAAGAAGUAUGGACAUUAUAAAUCCCAAUGCUGGCAGAAAGAUAACUCAGCUCAUGAUGUGGAAGAAGACACUAAGGUUACUCAAUUGUUCUUGGUGGGAAAUGUCUCAGAUGAACAAGUUGAAGAUGUGUGGUUGUUGGACAGUGGGUGCAACAACCACAUGAUAGGCAUGAAGUCUCUGUUUCAGUCUCUAAAUACUACUUAUCAGCAAGUUGAUCGAUUGGGAGACAAUCAAAUGAUGAAAGUAGAAGGCAUGGGGACUGAGAGAUUUAAGAUAAGAGGAGGACAGGUGAAGGAACUUGAUAGAGUUCAAUUUGUACCAGAAAUUGCUCACAAUCUUCUCAGUGUUGGGAAACUAGUGGAAGGAGGUUACACUCUUUUCUUUGAUGAUCAAGUGUGUGUUAUUAAACACAAGCAAACAGAUGUUGAGCUAGCUCGAAUUCAAAAGUCCCAGCAUAACUUGUUUCCUCUUUCAAUUAAUGAUGUUAAAUCAGCCCAUGUAGCAGCAAGCAAACCAGACAACUCUUUCAUAUGGCAUGAGAGCAGUGAGUCAAAGGGAUAUAAGCUAUUUGAUCCAUUGACUGGGAAGCUUCAAGUCAGCAGAGAAGUUGUCUUUUAUGAGGAGAAGAUUUCGAACUAG